UUCAGUGCUCAGGUGCUGCCUUUCAUCUAUCGUGCCAUUGGUUCAAAGCAUCUUCCUGCCAGUAACAUCAGCUUUGUUCAUCUUGAUUCCCAUCCAGAUCUUCUUAUUCCUGUGAAUAUGCCUGCAGACACUGUAUUUGACAAAGAAACUCUUUUUAGUGAAUUAAGUAUUGAGAACUGGAUUAUGCCUGCUGUUUACGCUGGCCAUAUUUCUCAAGUAGUAUGGCUUCACCCACCCUGGGCUCAGCAAAUCUCGGAAGGAAAACACCAUUUUUUAAUUGGGAAAGACAUAUCAACAACUACAAUCAGGGUUACAGGUACAGAUCAUUACUUUUUAAGUGAUGGUCUUUAUGUCCCUGCUGAUCAGCUAGAAAACCAGAAGCCUUUAAAUUUACAUGUCAUUCUCAUCAAUCCUACUGAAGCGUCAAACAGCCAGGAAGAAAAUGGUGAAGUAGCAUCUGCUAAGAGACUGAAGCUAAAUACAGAUGACACAGCAAGCACCGCUUUCGCCUCUUCAUCAGUGGCUCCUGGUGAAGUUGAUCACAGCACCCCAAGUCUGAAGAAAAAGGAAGUACAAAAUGCAAGUGCCCCAAACAAGGCAGAAACAUUAUCAGGGUGCUCAGCUUCAAGCUCUCUCAGUGAAUACUCAAUAAGGGAAGUUGUUAAAGACGUCUGCCAAGUACUGCAGAAAGGGGAUGCAUAUGUGUUAGACAUUGACUUAGAUUUUUUUUCAGUUAAAAAUCCCUUCAAAGAAAUGUACACACAGACAGAGUAUGAGCUUUUGCAAGAGUUGUACAAUUUCAAGAAGCCUCAUAGAAAUGCAACAGAGGAGGGCUUGCUGGAUUGUGUUGAAAACCGUGUUCAUCAGCUGGAAGAUCUGGAAGCAGCGUUUGCAGAUUUGUGUGACAAUGAUGAUGAAGAGACCCUACAGAAGUGGGCUUCGUAUCCUGGAAUGAAGCCGCUUGUUCAACUAGUUCACAGUUUGAAAACCAGGAUGGAAAGCCCAGACUAUGAAAUGGUCCAUCAGGCUGGUCUGACCUGUGAUUAUGUGGAGCUUCCCCACCAUGUUAGCACUGAAAAGGAGAUCGAAGGCCUCAUACAAUCCAUUAAAGUUCUACUAAAAGAUAUGCCUAAGCCCACACUUGUAACAGUUGCUCGAUCAAGUUUGGAUGACUAUUGCCCUUCAGAGCAGGUUGACACCAUUCAAGAGAAGGUUCUUAAUUUACUACGUUCGUUGUAUGGCAGUCUGGAUGUGCACUUAGAUUACUCAAGCACCACAUCUUCUUUGUGACCUUUCUUCAUGUAUUGCCCUCUAAUGCAGUGGAUUAAUUUAAAUUGCAUAUUAGCUAUGGUUGCAAAGGGGAAAAAUACUGUUAUUUCAGCAGGUGGCACUAGAACCCAAGCUGAUCAAGGGUUAGUUUUGAGUUGCAUUGCUUUCUCUAAGUCUGCUGCAUCUGAACUGUUACCUGUUUGGCUUUGUUCAGAUUAGUUCUGUGAUUAUUAUUUUUACUGUCUUGCUUCUUAAAAU